AUGAACAGCCAAUGUGUUCGGGUCCUGGGGCCCCACGUAACCUCGCAAAGGGCACCAGUGUCAGCAGCGCAGUCGCGGCGGCGCCACAGACGAACGUGGCAAACGCCGUGCACGGCGAGUGGCGCCACGGAAGCAGCGAGCUCGCCGCGCGACGGCUUCAGCAUCGCAGACGCGGAGCUCUCGGCCACCUUUGAUACGCUCGCCUCCCUAGUCGUCCCGCCGGGCGACCCUUCCGCAGGCGUCCUCGCCGCCAGGCCCACGCCGCUCGGCCGCGGCCUCACCGCGCGGCAGGCGGCACCGCCCGGCGCACCGCUGCUUACUGUUGAGCUGUGGAACACGCUGUGCGUCUGUGACGACCCGGCGGGGAGUGGUGGGGGCGCAUUCGGAGCGCGGGCGCUGGAAGACUGGGAGAUGGUGCACGGGCCCCUGCCGCCGAUGCUGCAAGCAUACAUCUUGUCGGCCCACCGCCUGGCCCCCACCCCCUCUCGAGCAGAGUCCGGCUGGUUCACGCGCCUGGUGGCCUGGCUGCUGCACGUGACGCGCCACGGCGGCGGCGUGUGGCCGCUCUACAAGCGGCUGCUGCCGCGGGGCCACGAGAGCCUGAUGCACUUCCUGCCGGAGGAGCGGCAUGAACUGCAGAGCCCAGAGCUCGAGGCGCUCGCGGAGCGGGAGCGAGAUGCUAUCCUUGGACUGCACGCGUCCAUCUUCAGCGAGGCCACCGGCGACCUGCGGGCGCUCCGGCUGGCGGCGGCGCCGGCGGACACUCUGUGGGCGGCCAGCAUGGUCAACAGCCGCUGCUUUGCCGACGAGGUGGCGGGAGAGGCGCUUUCGCUGGUGGUGCCUUGCGCUGACAUGGCCAACCACUCGAGCGCCCCAAACGCCUCCUACAGGCUGGAUGCCGACUCGGGAAGCUUCCAGCUGAUUGCAAACCGGGACGUCGCGGAAGGCGAGGAGGUAUGCAUCAGCUACCUCGGCCAAAACCCCACAAAGCCCAACACCCUGAUGUUGAAAGACCACGGGUUCGUCAUCCCCGGGAAUGUCAACGACCGCGUCCCCUUCAGCGCCGGCGACGACGCGCAGAGCCGCGCCCUGGGGGCUCCGCGGGUCGCGGCCGCCCUCAGGUCCGCGCCGCUGGCCGCGGCAGCGGCGCGGCUCGCGAAGGCGGGCGGGGACGCGGCGGGCGCGCGCCGGCUGGAGGCGGCGGCGCGGUCGCUGCACCCGUUCUGCGGGCGGGGCGGGGGGCCGCUGUCUGCGGCGGCGGCGGCGGUGGAGAAGGAGCGGCGGACGGUGGAUGCUCUGCUGCAGCAGUGCAGCGACAUGCUCGCCAGCCACGCCACGACGCUGGAGACCGAUGAGCAGCUUCUCGCCGGCAGCGACGACCCCGGCACGCCCCCGCUCUCGCCCCGCGUGGGUGCAGCUGUUGCGGCUCGGCUCGAGAGGAAGCGGCUGCUUGUGGCGGCGCAGUCGCUGCUGACCGCGUAUGCGGAGGGGCUGUGA